UACUCGGUACACGUGGCUAUACUCGUCUCGGUGGUGUAUGUGUAAACAACGCUGUACGGCGGUUAAAACACAUCCGUGGAUCGUAAAGAGGCAGUAUAAUUAAGAAAACAUGCAAACCACCAUCUUUUCCGAAACUGCGAACCCGGUGCCAGGGGAACAAACAGAUGAACUCUUAUAUAAUGAAUCUGAUUCACAGCGUACCAUUGUACAUAGCACAAAUAGGAAAGACAAUUCUUGUGAUGAUUCUCAAGACGAGGAUGAAUUGUCUCCCCCUGAUGGAGGAUGGGGGUGGGUAAUCGUCUUUGGCAGUCUGGUGAUACAUAUCAUUUUAUUUGGAAUAGAGAAAUCGUCGGGAAUCUUUUUCCUAAAGUUUGAUGAGAAGUUCCAUCAGUCGGCGAUUGUCACCGCCUGGGUAACAACCUUACCGGGUGGCCUACGUUUAAUUCUAGGGCCUCUGUGCAGUAUGCUGACAAACAAAUUUUCGUUUCGCCCCAUCGUCAUGGCGGGAGCAGUCCUCAUGGGUCUUGGCAUGGUCUUGACAGGAUUUGCCAACAAUAUGACGCUUGUCUUCAUCAGUUUUGCCAUUAUUGAAGGCCUAGGGAUGAGUCUAGUGUAUUCCCCGGCCGUAGUUAUCGUCGGGAAAUACUUCACCGGAAGACGAGGAUUGGCUGUAGGCAUUGCAACUUCAAGUUUUGGAUCUUUCCUCUUUCCAACCUUCAUCGAAUUUCUGUUCGAUUAUUAUGGAUUUCUGGGCGCGAUGCUAAUGUUAGCGGGAACGUCGCUAAACAUUAUGGUGUGUGGAAGUUUAUUCACACCACCACCUGAAAGGAAAACUCGCAGAAGACAGAAGACAUCAACAGAUGAAAUAAACGUCACGGAACAAUUCCUACGCCCUCAGUUGCAAGAUGAAAUAAACGGAAAAGCUGCAGAUGCAGAACAGUCAGAGAGAGCAACAUGCGAUCAGGAAUGUGUUUGUAGGGUACCGUGUGUUAGUAAGGUACCAUGCAGUACAAUGUGUUUGAGGAGAUCAAAAACUAAAGUAUCACAGAUGUUGUCAGAUCCGAGGUUUGCUACCUUUUGUGUAGCGUUGUUUCUGUUCUCUAUUGCUGCCCAUUCGGCGUACGCCUUUAUACCGCUAUACGCCAAGCAGAUAGCCAUCACUGACUCCCAGACCACGUAUGUCGUCGCUCUAACCAUACUGGCGGACGGGCUGGGAAAAGUGUGUCUGGGUGCUGUGUUAGACAUUGGACGAGUUAAACAGUACAGGGUGCUGGCCUACAAUCUAACACUAGUGUUGGUCGGACUCGUCUAUAUCUGUCUCCCGUCCACGUCUACGUUCAUACAACUCUGCGUGGUGUCAUCCACGUUCGGCCUCUUGUUUGGAGGUAUCAUGUCACAAAAGUCCGUCGUAACUGCGGAUAUUCUUGGUGUCGAUAAGCUUGCUGAUGCAUUUGGGAUGUUAAACUUAUUUCAAGGGGCAGGAGCAUUCAUUGGUCCUCCAAUUUCGGGUUUGAUUAAAGACACGAGGGGAGACAACAACGCGGGGUUUUAUUUCGGAGGAGUCACCACGAUUGCUGGCUCCGUUAUUUUUGCUGUGGCUAAUAGUGUCCAUUAUGUAAAAUCAAAACAACAUGACAAUUCCGUGUGAAUUGAUGUCGUUUGAAAUUAGCCAAAAAACACCUAACAUCAGUCUAGUGUUAUAAACUCGAAUGAAAACUGAGAUGCCUUGACCGAUUCAAUAAUUUCACAAUUUUUGUGUUAGACCUAAAAUAAAAAACAAUAAUAAUGUUGUAUAUUAUUAUUAUUGGUAAGUAUUACAAGAUAACCGGUAAUAAGGUUUAUAUAUAUAUUUUCAAUGCCGCCAUGACUAUUCUCAUAAUUAUGCUUAUUGAAGAUUUAAAGGGGCAUCACGCUGAAGUAAUUUUUUUUGUGUCUUUUUUUCAAAUACUACAUAAACAUAUCAAGUGAAACUCCUUAUGGAAAAUAAUGAUCGGAUUUGGCUGUAAGAUAAUCAGCGGUAUUUCUACCUGUCUGACCAACGUUUUGUUCAGGGAUUUCCCUCUACUA